AUGGUUUACUAUAAUGGCGAUACUGGGAGUAAUGUACCACUCCUGAUAUACAUCCUGCAGAGUGAUGAUAGACACAGGUGGAUAUGUAGACACUUUGGAGAUAUCACCUGGCAGGAGUAUAAUGAUAGUUCUCUAACCAGUGAUACAGACAGUAAGAAUAUUAAGUCUCUCCUUGAACAACUCUCCACUCCUCACGUUACCAUAGAUCUCGAUAACUGUGCUACAUAUAAUCCAAAGGGGAAUAGUCAUAAAUUUGAUGUUGAAAAGUCUCAGGUCACUAGCUCUGGGUACUACCAGUUUACACAUACCAAGAAUAGCAGUAAUGGAGAACCUUUUACAGUUAAGAGUGUUGUGCACGGUCAAGGAAAUGUGUUAGAUGGUAUACAACCUUCUGAUAAACUAACCAACAUUUCUGGCCAUUACUAUGGAGACAAUCCAUCAGAUGAGAAGAAACUUUUAUUGGUAGGACUACUGAAAAAGAACGGUUCCAACAAGUAUGUAUAUUAUAGCAGACCACUUGUUAGCGGAGGCUCAUGGACAAAGAUUGUUAGAACUAAUAAUCAAACAACAGCACUCAAUGAAGAUGAACUAAAACCAAUGUUGGAUGCUCUUAAAAAGGCACACUUUCCUGACUCUCCUACUACCACCAUCGUUGGGUCAUCUAUUGGAACUGGAACAAUAGGAGCCGGGAUUACAGGCCUUGUUGUCUGGAAGGGACCUGCUUUACUUUCAGCACUAAAGACUCUGCUUUAG